AUGGGCGUUGAUACGAAGAAUACGAACGUGGAAGUAUCGCUGGAGAUUAUUGGCAUCCUCAAACGAACGCUUUCUCAGCCAGCCAACGUCAAAAUCAUUUUAUACAGAGGAAUUGUUGAAGCGGCUUAUGCAAACCAAAAUUUAGUUCAUCCGACUCUUGACCUUCUGCUUACUCACCUCACAACACUGCAAGAAAUAUCGCGUUCAGCUUAUGCCAUAAGCAUUUUGAUGCGCUUAUCGAUGUUUGCUCUACGCAAUACAUCAACUCAAGUGGUGUCCUGUAGAGAUGCAAAAGUUGUCGAAGCAAAAUCAGCAAUUGACAAGCUGAUUGAGUUUUGUAUUGAUAGGGAUGUGCAUGAUCUACAGUUGGACAAGCUUGCUGAUUUCUCGAUGAGUGCUGCUGGUCGAACGAAUUUGUGUUUUGCAUCAAUGAUCAAUUCACUGUAUGAUGCACUGAUCGAGCACCUAUGGCAUGUUGGCUAUGUGCUCUCCAAGUACCAUUUUAUACUAUCAGUGUUUUAUCUGAAAGUAGUGCUGGAAAUAGUCGGCUUGAGAAGUUAA